AUGUCUCCAAUUCUCUUAAAUCGUCUCUCCGAGGGCCCCGCCUCGGUUCUCUCUCCUUCCCAGGAACACGCCUUCGCUCAGUUCCCCUCCCAGUCUUUGCUGGAUCCCUCCGACUCAAAUAUCAGUUCUGCUCCUGUCGCGCCCAAGCCGUCUCGAAAGAGGUCGCGUGACGAAGCUUCCUUCGAGGAAUCUUUCUCUCUCAACGUUCCCUCCGAACCAAAGCCUCCUCCGACUCCAAAGGUCGAACCCAUCUAUGGCGAGGGAAUGGUCCUGCUGAACCCCGAUACUGGCAUGACUAUUUCCGCCGAGAGCCAGACUGGCACAUGGUAUGAAGAGAAGAGCGAGUCGCAACAAGCUAAGGAGGAUCCUAUCUCGUCGCGUUCGAUUGCGCUCCAGUCCGAUGCUGCCGACAUCAGCCGCAAGUCCCAGCGGCUCGACCAAUCCGCCCCAGGUCUCGACGACAUUGCGCUUUCUUCGAUCAACCAGCGCCUCAAUGGCCCCAGCCUUGAAGAUCAACACCGCUCGCUCCAGUCCGGGUCUACCCCACCUAAUGAACCUCACAUCGACGAAGCUACUCUCCUCCUCGGCAUCAGCUGGCAGCGCAUCGAUUCCGACGAUGAUAUGGCCCCCGCCAUCCGUGGCUGGACGAAAUACAUCGACAACCAAUACGCCAGCCAUCUGCAGAACUCUCAAAUGCUUAUGAAAAGCCGCGCAUUGAACGCUUUCCUUGUUGCUGCGACGCCUAUUUCUGCCAUUGCACCGGCGUUCUAUCUCUUCAAUGAUGAUCUCACCCAGUGCCAGUUAGUGGCUUCAUCAUGGGACUCUUGCCUGCAGAAUCUACGCCAAACACCCAUCCUUUUCGAAGGCGCAACUCCUCUCAUCGCAGCCGCUCGAUCUGCAUCUCCUCCUGCUUCCAAUCCUUUUACCUCCAAUGCAGACGCUGGCGUACCUCUCCUGCAGCAAGCUCUCUCAAGUCACCCGCAAGCGCCCACGAGCUUGGACGCGGGACCGGGACUGAACGGAGGCGUCGAAAUGGGGAUGGACAUCGACUCCUAA